AUGCCACCUCCGCCACCGAGCCCGCCCAAAUCUCCUAGUGGAGGUCCCAGUGGGAAGAUCACAGAUGAGUUUACCGAGAAAGGCGCGGUCGGAAAGGUGUGCCAGGUUAUCGGUGCCGUGGUUGAUGUGAGGUUUGAUGAGGGAUUGCCUCCGAUUUUAACGGCAUUGGAGGUCUUGGACAAUCAGAUCAGGCUUGUUUUGGAGGUAGCCCAACACUGGGGUGAGAGUGUGGUCAGGUGUAUUGCUAUGGAUGGUACUGAAGGUCUUGUCAGAGGCCAGCGCGUGCUCAAUACUGGCUCCCCCAUCACCGUGCCUGUGGGUAGAGCAACCUUUGGCCGCAUUAUGAAUGUCAUUGGAGAGCCUAUUGAUGAGAGAGGCGAUAUUAAAACCGAUCACUAUUUACCAAUUCAUCGUGAAGCUCCAGCCUUUGUGGAGCAAGCAACUGAUUCUUGUCACUGGUAUCAAGGUACUUUCUCACAGGUCCAAUCUGUACUUGAUGGAUUCCAUUCGCAAGUCAUUUUAUGUUGGUCACCAAUUUUCAGUGUUGAUUUGUUACACAAGGUCGUCGACCUUCUUGCACCAUACCAAAGAGGAGGAAAGAUUGGGUUGUUUGGUGGUGCUGGUGUAGGAAAGACUGUUUUUAUCAUGGAACUGAUUAACAAUGUUGCAAAAGCUCAUGGUGGUUUUUUCGUCUUUGCUGGUGUAGGAGAACGAACUCGAGAAGGUAAUGAUUUGUACAGAGAAAUGAUUGAGAGCGGUGUCAUUAAGCUAGGUGAUAAGCAGGCUGAUAGCAAAUGUGCUCUAGUCUAUGGUCAAAUGAAUGAGCCCCCGGGUGCUCGUGCUCGUGUUGGACUUAUUGGAUUGACCGUUGCUGAACACUUCAGAGAUGCAGAAGGGCAAGAUGUGCUUCUCUUCAUUGACAAUGUUUUCCGAUUCACCCAGGCUAACUCAGAAGUGUCUGCUUUGCUUGGUCGUAUCCCAUUUGCUGUCGGUUAUCAACCUACUUUGGCUACAGAUCUUGGAGGCCUUCAAGAGCGUAUCACAACAACUAAGAAAGGUUCCAUUACCUCUGUCCAAGCCAUUUAUGUGCCUGCUGAUGAUUUGACCGAUCCAGCUCCUGCAACCACCUUUGCUCACUUGGACGCCACUACACUACCGUGUUAUCACGACAGAUUUCUGAGCUUGAAAGUCCUCCAGAACUACAAGAAUCUUCAAGAUAUUAUCGCCAUUCUUGGAAUGGAUGAGCUCAGUGAAGACGACAAAUUGACUGUUGCACGUGCUCGUAAAAUUCAACGGUUUUUGAGCCAGCCUUUCCAUGUCGCAGAAGUUUUCACGGGUGCCCCUGGCAAGUAUGUCGAGUUGAAAGAGAGCAUUAACAGCUUCCAGGGAGUCUUGGAUGGAAAGUAUGAUGACCUAUCAGAACAGUCAUUUUACAUGGUUGGAGGAAUCGAAGAGGUCAUUGCCAAGGCAGAGAAGAUUGCCAAGGAAUCUUCGGCAUAG